AUGAAUGAAAUCAAGAAGCUAGAAUCACUUGCCUAUGAUCAUUUGAUGGAGAGGGACCCUAAAAAUUGGAGUAAAACAUUCUUUGAGACUGAUAGGGCAUGUGAUGCAUAUAAAAAUGGUGUGUCUGAGAGUUUUAACUCAGUCAUUGAUGAUGCUAGGAAGAGACCUCUGAUCACUAUGUUAGAGGAAAUUAGAAUUUAUGUUAUGGAGAGACUUUGUACACAGAAAAGUAAGGAAAGUUCUUGGGGAGACUUACACAUAUGUCCUUCCAUUAGACUGAAAUUGUCUAAGAUUAAGGCGCUUCAAAGAUUUUGGAGAGUUGUACCAUCUAGUUAUCAAGAAUUUGAAGUGAGACUUGGAUAUGAUGCAUAUUCCGUAGACCUUGGUAAGAAUACAUGUGCAUGUAGAGCUUGGCAGUUAACUGGUUACCCUUGUGUUCAUGCAUAUGCUGCCAUUUCAAACCUCAAUAGGGAUCCAGAGGACUAUGUGUCACCAUGGUUGACCACAACAAUGUUUGGUAAAGUGAAGGUUGAAUUGGCUCAAGAAGUUUAUGUGGCAAGUGAUAGUGAUAGUGAAGUUGAAGUUGAAGCACAGGUUGAAGUUGAAGUUCAAGAUGGUGAAGACCAGGUUGCAGUUAAAGUUCAAGGACAUGGUAAAGGUCAAGAAGGUGAAGAACUUGCUGCACUUCAAGAUCCAGUUGGACAGGAUGACUAA